AUGGAUAAUAUCAACAGAUCGGCUAAGGCUAAGAAUGCUGUGAUACUGGGCUUACCAGCCAUGCAAGAUGAGGAUACAGUUGAACUAGUGUGCAUGUUAUGUAAAUUGUUGAAUUGCGAAUUCGUUGGAACAUCUGUGAUUCAAUGUGCAAGACGUAUCAAUGGGAAGCAACAUAUGAAUGGAGUACCUCCUAUCGUCGUUCAAUUUACCUCCGAGCGGGAGAAAGAGGAGCUUUUCCGUCGGAAACGUGCCUACGGAGUUGUACUCGCUUCAAAGGUUCGCGAUGUCUUCAAUGGAUCUACGCAUACGAUUACUAUUCGGGAUGAAAUGACGGCUUACGGAAGAGAUCUACUGCAGCAGGCCAAAAAUUUGCAGGAAACCUUGAAAAUAAAGUAUGUGUGGCCAGGCCGCGAUGGAAAAAAACUAUUGAGGCGACAGGACGGCGGGAAGAUUGAGCAAAUCAGCAGUAAACUUCAACUAGCAGGAUUGCAGCCCACCAAUUCCAAAAGAGUAUUAAAUUUGUCGGGAAUUUCACCUCCCACAGUCUAA